AUGGGUGAAAUGGUCCCAUUCGUGGUAUUAACUAGGAAUUCUUCUGUAAAUGGAGCCUUCACGGAAGUUAGUGGCAGCUGUCGCACUCCCAUCUUCACGGAUAUUUUGAAACUAUCGAAAGUAUUCUUGCUUGAUCUUUCUAAUUCAGCCAUCACUGAUCCAAAGAAGGUCACUCUUACUCCAUAUGCAGGAAUCUCCUCAAUUUAUGAAGUAUAUCCUUCUAAUUCAACCACCACUGAUCCAAAGAAGCUCACGCUGACCUCAUAUCCAGGGAUCUCCUCAAUUUAUGAAGUACGUAUACAUCCAUAUCCUUCUAUUUCAAGCACCACUGAUCCAAAGAAGCUCACGCUGACUCCAUGUCCAGGGGUCUCAAUUUAUGAAGUAUAUCCUUCUAAUUCAACCACCACUGAUCCAAAGAAGCUCACACUGACUUCAUGUCCAGGGGUCUCAAUUUAUGAAGUAUGUAUACAUUCAUAUCCUUCUAAUUCAGCCAUCACUGAUCCAAAGAAGGUCACGCUUACUCCAUAUCCAGGGAUCUCCUCAAUUUAUACAAAUCCUUCUAAUUCAGCCAUCACUGAUCCAAAGGUCACGCUUACUCCAUAUCCAGGGAUCUCCUCAAUUUAUACAAAUCCUUCUAAUUCAGCCAUCACUGAUCCAAAGGUCACGCUUACUCCAUAUCCAGGGAUCUCCUCAAUUUAUACAAGUAUGUAUACAUCCGUCGUCGUCGUCGUCUUUUUUAUCUUUUCAGAUCCUUCUAAUUCAGCCAUCACUGAUUCAAAGGUCACGCUUACUCCAUAUCCAGGGAUCUCCUCAAUUUAUACAAAUCUUUCUAAUUCAGCCAUCACUGAUCCAAAUGAGGUCAAGCUUACUCCAUAUCCAGGGAUCUCAAUUUAUGAAGUAUAUCCUUCUAAUUCAGCCAUCACUGAUCCAAAGAAGCUCAUGCUGACUCCAUAUCCAGGGAUCUCCUCAAUUUAUGAAGUACGUAUACAUCCAUAUCCUUCUAAUUCAGCCAUCUCUGAUCCAAAGAAGAUCACGCUUACUCCAUAUCCAGGGAUCUCCUCAAUUUAUGAAGUACGUAGACAUCCAUAUCCUUCUAAUUCAGCCAUCUCUGAUCCAAAGAAGAUCACGCUUACUCCAUAUCCAGGGAUCUCCUCAAUUUAUGAAGUACAACCUUCUAAUUCAAUCACCACUAAUCCAAAGAAGCUCACGCUGACUCCAUAUCCAGGGAUCUCCUCAAUUUAUACAAAUCCUUCUAAUUCAGCCAUCACUGAACCAAAGAAGUUCACACUGACUCCAUAUCCAAGAAUCUCCUCAAUUCAUGAAAUCCUUCUAAUUCAGCCUGCACCACUGAAUCACCUGCCCUCUUCGACUCAACCAUCCUUAUCGACUCUAAUACCUAACACACUGUAA